AUUUGUUCUAAGAUUUUUUUCACUUUGCUUUUGCACAACUUGUUGCAUAAUUAUUUGUUCCAUCUUCACUAUACGGCUCAUAUUUAAGAGUCAGAGGAAGAGGCUUGAUCAGAUUGCAAGGUGUUGCUCAGCAGGAAGUGUAGACCACAAUAACAGAGUUAAAAUAAGAGCUUUCUAUGUUUGUGCAGAAGAAGGAAGAGAGAGAAAAAGUUUGUGUGAUAGUAAUCUUCCUUCUUCUGCAUGGCACAAUGCUGAAAUAGGAACAUAUGUUUGUGGGAUUAAACGAGUUGAGCAGUUCUAUCUGACGUUUAACGAGAGCUCAUCCAAAAGAUGCUAUUACUUUAAUAAAUUGUCGGCCGGUGCAAAGCUGCUUCCGUGCGGUCUGUGUGAAUGUGUGCCUGCCUACUAGUAUGGAUAUGGUGUAGUGAUGCAGGCAGGGCCACGGCAGCUUGACCACUGAAUCCCUCACUGGAGAGCAGUCGAGCUCUUUCUCACACUCGUCUGCAGCUCCUUCAAAACAUUAAGAAUGGCUAUCCCAUCCUAAAGCCUGAGCCUUGAUAAAACAGUGUCAUCACUGGUUUCAAAAUAUACUUCAUACAAACAAUUAGUUUAAUUUUUACCAGAAAAUCACAGGACACCCCAGUGUGCUUGUACUGUAGAGCAGUGUGACACGGUUUAGACACCAUGACAGAUACUGUCACUAGCCUGGCCUCCCAUUGCUUCCGGCACCAUAUGGCCUUUCUCAACCCAGUACAAUCCUCCUACUUCAUUCACAUGGCUUUCACAGACUGAGCUUCUGCAGAUGUACAGUGUUGCUUGACCAUUUACUGUAUUAUAUGCAUGUCUUGCAUGUUUUUUUACACAUUUCUGAGUAUCGAUUAUCUUAAAGUAUAUAAUAGCGAAAAUAUUACUCUCAGAGUCAUGACUACUCACGCUCUUCUUCUGUUCUAUAAUGGGCUGUGCUAGUGAACAAACAUUGGCGAAAAAGCAUGCUGCACAGUCAGCUUACGCAUCUCGUAAGUCAUAGACUUACGGAUCAGCUGCUAUAACAGGAGGGCAGAGGUGAGGUCAUCCUCUUUAGGCACCGGGCCUUAUACACGAGGCCCUUACAGGUUAUCAGAUCUAUUUAACACGCUAACUUCAAAAGCUGCCAGUGUUUUGUUUUUAGUCUAGCAGUCAUAUUUGAAUUAAUGUAAGAUGCUUUUUUUGAGGAGAAGACAUUGUACACAAUCCUACCCUAUAGAUGGCACUAAACAAAAUGCUGUUGUAAUGGUAAAUAUUUUUGCAAUCACCAACACCCUUCACGUUAGAAUGAGCACAUUUUUCCCAGUACCUGAAUAAGAACAUGAAAGAUGUCAGUUCAAAAUCUUACCGAGCACCAGGACCGCCGACAAGGGGGGAACACCGGGUCAGUUGUCCUGGGCCCUGGGUCCUCCUGGUCCUAAAUAAUCUGCUGGGAGGGGCCUUUGGAGAUCAUCUUGUCCUGGGCAUGAGCAAGACAUGUGGUUGCCCUGCCGAGCACAGCGUUUGUUUAGUGACGAAUAGGGCAAUUCUCCUACCACUAGCAGGUAAAACAUAGCAUUAAAGUUAUAUAAAUGAAACAGUAAUCCUGGGUUUGCCUCUUAUGUCUGCUGAUAGGCACACAGUUUGAUGGUGUUAAAUCAUGAAUGUCACAUGCCUUGGGGUGGGAUCUAGAAAAUGAAAUAGGUUAAUUUUGUGUCAACGAUAACAACAAUUAAUGUUUGCCUAUUUAAGAUGUGGGUGGUGCGGAGCAGACCUGACACCCAAGUGUGAUCCCAGCCAGAAGGGGGUCCAAUGGCCGCUGCAAGUUAUGACCCCCACCUGGGCGACGGCCCAUCUAAUGAUUCGGAGAUCCUCCUGGAUGACUCUGACACAGAGAGUCUGCUUUCUGAGGACUCAGUGCUUCCUGACUAUGAAAGGGAUGAAAAGUACCCAGAGCCGGCUAAAACAUUGUAUGAGGCCUGCUUUAGGAACGACCCCACGUCCCUGCAAAAGAUCCUGGAGAGAGUCGUCACUAAAGAUGAGGCCAUGGAGCUGGACAUCAAUGGCAGGAAUGGACUGAUGCUGUCUGUGAGCAAGGGAUUCGUAGACAUUGUCACCAUGCUGCACAUAUGUCCAUUAAUAGACAUUAACCACCAAGACAAUGAUGGCAACACUGCCCUCAUGAUUGCUGCCCAGGCAGGUUUCAUCACUAUUCUAAACUACAUCCUUAACUACUAUUCUGGUGUGGACACCGAAAUCAGGGAUCCCCGUGGCUUCACAGCCCUCAUCAAGGCAGGCCUGCAGGGCCGAGAGGAGUGUGUGUCCGCCCUGAUAAUGCAUGGUGCAGAUGUGAAUGCAAUGGACCUGGUCCAAGGGAAAGGUCUAAAGGAGUGGGUCCUUAGGACAGGAAGUUUUGGGACUCUUACCAGACUACGCCGCCUGCAGGCUCACUCUGUUGCUGAGCAGUUCUGUGAAAGCUACAUUCCUGAGUGGCCUGAGCUGAAUCAACUGGUAGCAAAGGCCACCGUCACCAAAACAGCCAGUCAGAGGAUGAGGCAGCGCUUAAAAGACAGCCUUUCUUUCAGCUUCCCUCAAGACCCCCAAGACAAUGGGGCCAUGGACCAUAUGGUGCGGAUGACCACAAGCAUCCACAGCCCCCUGAUAGCCACUGGUUGCCGUCCACUCUGUCCCACCAGCCCCCCAGAGAUUGGCAAGCGACGGUUUGCCGUCCUUGAACUGCUUGAAAAGCACAGCAUUAAGGAGUUGGAGGAGAGCACAGUGUCCCACAGUAAAGAAUCCAUCACCACCUCAACUCCUCCGACUCCUGCGUCACCCGCCUCCGUAUCUCUGACCUCCUGCUGCACGGACUCAGAGCGCAGGGAAAGCAUGCCAUCAGGUGGCAGGACAAGCCUCAAUCCCCGCAGCAUGGGACAUAGGAACAGCAUCUUCCCAUCAGGCUGUAUUCCAAAGAUUGAAGUAACAAAAUCUGGUGAGCCCACUCCAAAGAAAGAGAAAAAGAAGAAAAGGCAGAAGGGCUACCUGGAGCCUCCCAUCUGGAAGUACAAGGAGGCCAAGGAGGAGAAAAAGAGAGAGAAGAAGCAGCAGGAAAAGGAAAAGGACCAAGAGAAGAAACAUAAGGGGUCCAAGCGCAAAAAAUGAGGCAUUAUUCUAUUUUCCUCCGAAAAUUUCACUAUGAUAAAGUCAUGCAUGAGGGAUGAGCAUGUGAUUACAGUGAGGCCUGCUUUAACAGAAGACUAAAGGUUUGCAAAACAAGUUUGGAAACGAGUAAUUGACAAUUAAAACACAUUGAUGGAUUUGAACUUUUGCUUGGGAUGAACAUGAGAGAGCCAGAUGUUUUUUGGUUUUGGAGAUAUACGUUGACAUGUCUGAGCAUGGCUGACUCCUACCUCUUGGAUUGGUAGAUUAAGUCUCACGAGGAUGUGAAAUUAUACCGACCGCAAACACCUGCAAUGACAUUAUUUAAUUUCAUGAACACUGUACAUUCGUGAGGAUUUUACUAAUCUGUGUAUUGUGAAUUAUUUACAAGCGAUCGUGGUAUUUAACUGCAAGACAACCAGAGCAAUAGCAAAUACUGUAUAUACAGUACAUGUGAGCAAUGGCCUUCAGCAAAAAAAAUGUAUGUUAUAGUUAACCAAAAAGAUGCAAUGCGAUGUUAAACAUCUUCAAACUAUGUGCUUUGCUCCUCUACGCCACAUGCUCAAAGAGACAGUGGCUGCUUUUCACAAGACCAAGCAAUGAAGAUGUGUCAGCACCCAAAUAUUGCAAGAUUCAUAAAUGUUGUUUCUGUUUCCACUCUGCAGUGGGAUUAAUGCCGUUGGAAAAGUUUCCAAAACAGGAAGUGAAUCAUGUCAUAAUACAUUGUCCGAUUGAGAUCAAAACUGCUCAGUCAGCAUAAAAAUUCUCCUUAUAUGUGUGUUUCCUACAAUCCCUCAAACACGACCACUAGGGCAAAUUAAAGUCCAUUUUACAGCAUUUUAUAAAUGAAUUCAGUCACCAUUUUGAGUUUUAUCAGACACUGUUAUUUUCAAAGGUUAUCCGAUCUUCACUAUAUGCAACACGUAGCAUAUACCGAAUGCCAUUACUAUGUCUUUUUGACAGACUUUUAAUACUCCAAACUUUUUGGCUGUGGCAUGUGAAUAAUGUCAGCAGUGAUGAUACAGACAAAAGGAACUUCUUCAUUUCGUCUGAUCAAGAGAAAAACUGUUUACUAGUAUUCAAGUCCUCAGUCUGCCGGUGCUUAAUGCACCAUGGUUGAUGGGCUUUUAAUUGGACACCAGAAUUGCUGCUUGCAAUAUUUUUUUAGACCUCACAUGUGCCGAGUUACCUGUGCACAGCAAAGAAAUGAUUUGUACAUAAUGUUACUCAGGAAAUUGUUAAUAAUACGUUGGGCAUUAUACAUUCUGUCAUUUAAAUGUGUUAUCUAAAAAAUAAUGAAUUUAGAUACUGUUUUUACAAAAUAAUAGAGCAUCAUUUCAUGGAGUUAAUUAUUUUAAAGUGGAAGCAAGAGACAAAAAAGCUCAGGUCUUCUACAUCUUAAUAAAGUGUGUGACAGAUGAAAACGUGUGUUUGUAUGCAAGCUUGGAAUAAAUGUACUGACCU